UUGUUCAAGGAAAGAGGUUUUAAGUGUCGCCUCGUUCGUUCAUAUCAAUAACUUAUUUGAGUGUGGCCACGACACGAUCAUAAUCAAUGUUGUGAAACAAUGAGGACGCCACCUUGCUAGGGUUAGGUUUCUCCCACAUCGUCAAGUUUUAACGAGUUUCUCUCGUUUAUCAGAUUUUCCUGGCCCGUUUUGUUUCAUAUAUUUCUUUUGGCUAGGGAUUCGACACCACGUUUUUUUCGAAUUUCAAUCGCCGACCCUGUGCAAUGCAUGUGGUCAUUCCCUCCCCUAGGUGGUUUAACUUCCAUCUGUAGUUUAAACUCAGUGUCUUGUAGUAUUCAAUGCUCUUUAUUAACUGUAGCUCCUAAAUUGAAUCAUCUGUGGAGGGACAAUUCGGGUCCAAGAAUCUUGAAAUUAGUGAACUUCGUAAACUACAGCUUUCUCAUCAAUCUUGGCCCUUGUAGGUUCUUGCUGACUGCCAGUGUUCGAAGCCAUGAGUAGAAACGAUCAAGAAGAAAUGCGGAUGAAGCGCCUCCAGAUGUUGGGUUUGCUGCCGAAAAACCCAGAGGCUGAAGAGCAGACUAAAGCCGAGGAUAUCAAUACUAUCAAUGGCGAUGGUGCUUCUGCUGUGGCUAAUGAGGAGCCUGCUUCAGCUACAAACGAGAUCAAGGUUAACAAUGAGCCUUUGGUUGUGAGUGAGCCUAAUGCUAACAGCGUGCCUUCAGCUGGCACUGUGUCUAUGGCUAGCAAUGAACUGAAAGCUGUCAAGGACUCCAGCCCUGGGCCUAUUUCUUUUACGUUCAAUAUCUAUCCAACUGAUAAAGCAGCAACAGCCAAGGUCAUCAGUAGCCUUGCUAAGACCCUCGCUGACUUGUGUCUAAUGGAUGACGGGGCUGAAACUGCCUCUCUGAAGACGAAUCCCAUAGUCAGUGUGAAUAAACCAGUGAAACAUCAAGGAGAGUCGAAAGAUGACUCUUGGCUAUCAGAUUUUGAAAAGCCUGCGAACAAGAACCAAUCAACCCCCAGGUGCGCCAGUGAGGAUGAUUUGGUUGUCGUUAUACCAUCUGACAAUAGCAUGUACAGUGAUGACGGUGGAGCUUAUGGGGCUGGUGCCUCACUUCCAAGGACUGCUACCCUGAACACUACGUUCAAGCCAUUCCAACCUGCAAGGGAUGCUUCCGUAGCUGGGCCAUCAUCAGCUACAUCUUUUUCAAUGGCAGGCCCUGGACCCUCCCAAUCGACUGGGGCAAUUCGUAAAUCAUCAGCUGGAUCUUUUGCAAUGGCAGGCCCUGGACCCUCCCAAUCGACUGGGGCAGUCCGUAAAUCAUCUGCUCCAGCCCCGAAAGUUUAUACUUCCAGCUCUGAUUCAGACCAGAAUAUUCCAUACAAACGCUCUAAGGAUAAGAAUGAGAAAGGUAAUUUCAUGUCUCAAAUGGCGGCAUUCUUCAAAAAUCACGCUCCUAGCAAAUCAAACAAGGAUAAGACUUCAGGAGGGAAACAUUUCCUCAGUGACAGCAGUGAGACAUCUCAAGAAGUCAUGCCGAAGAAGAAGGUGAGGACUGCUGACCCACCUCAGACUUGCUCUGGAGCUCAAGCUCAAGCUCCUGCCGGGCCCGUACUUCCCCCAGAUGAAGAUCCUCACUUGGGCCUGUGCUCAAUCUGUCUGUCAAAUCCGAAAAAUUGCAAGAUUCGCUGUAGACAUGUUUUCUGUGAACCUUGCCUUGUAAAACUGAAGGCUGCCAAGAAGGGAUGUCCAUUUGAAGGCUUUAGGUUCCGCACCUGGGAGAAGCUGUUCUAAGUUUUUUGUCGAUCAUUUUAGUAUGUAAACCUUUAGAACGAUUUCAUUUUCUUUUGACUUUGCUAUUCUUAUUGGUUUUUGAUUAGUUAUUCUGACAUUCCUCUACUCAGUUUAGAAUUAGUUCUAAACUGUGCUAGAUUUUUAAUGUGUUCACUUUUAAAGUAUUCUGACUUUUAAUCUGGUUUUAAAAUUUGUUCAAGACUGAUACCUUGAAAGAGGCUUUGUACCUUUGUUUACCUUUUGGGUAUUAAAUAAUGUGAUCUUUCAAAUUGAUUUUUUUUCUCAGACCUUUAAUCUUUUACGUAAAAUAAUACUUCUGUCGACUGGUUCUUCACUACUUAAUUUUCAAAUGGGAAAGAGGCACGAGGCAAGACACAAGACAUAAGCUUUUUCAGGUUACAUAUCAAUGUGAGCGUAAACAUGGAACUCAAAUUGCUGGGCUGUGACUCUCCCAGCCCCCUCUCAUGGGCUGAGUUUUUCUCUUAAGGAAUAUUGAAUGAGUUGAUAUUGGAGCUCCAAUUACCCGG